CGUAAGUAGUACUGUCUCAGCUACUCGGAGCUACCCGGGGGCCCAGUCCAUGACAGUCAGGCCUCAGGCUGGGCCGCCUUCCUUGUUCCUCAUCACCUCCUAACAGCCCUGGUACACGAGUACAAGACAGAAGAAAGGCUGCGACGCCAGCAAGUGUUCGUACAUUUGCGUUACGCCAUCAGGUGACAACCCUGCAAGAACCCGCCAGUAUCCCACGAACUCUUCUCAGUUCUCUCAGCAGCCCUCGUUUCAGUCCGACUCUUCCCUCUUCUCCUACUCCUAUCGCCCGCGACGCCAACCCGAUACGUCGAAGCUAGCGCACCUCACUUUUGGCUGUCUUCAGAUACUCACUGGCCCCUGUCCUUGUGCGAUAACACCAUCCCUCAUCCAAACCCCCGACUUGACCAUGAGCGGGGCGUCCACGAACGCACUCUCCGACUUCCAAUUCCACAUCAUAGGCAAGCAGCCAGCUCUGCUGGGCCGCCUAUCCUCCAAGCCGGACGACGGCCAGGAUUUCGCGUUGUCCCCAGCGUCAUCCCCUUUGUCUUCCCCGAAGGUAGCGGCGACACAGAUUCCGCCAACCCACUCUACCUGGCUCAAUCUCGCGCUUGCAGUGGACGAACAGGAAGUCUCAUCGGUCAAGCCUUCAGGAGCAAGGCCCAGCGGGACUGAUUUGUCGGCCCCCCUCGGCGAUACUACAGCGCCCCAGUCGAGGUCGCCUCCACGCUCUUCCCCCUUGAAUGACAACGAAGCGAGCGGCGCGCAGGAGCGACGCAAAGCUUCGGAGGCUCAUCCAUCGAUCUUCAAAUCAUCUCACGCCUCUCCCUCUGGCCCUGCGCUCGCCUCCGCCGGGCCAUUUGCGCUUCCACCUACUUUGUCUGCAACCUCGACCUCGACUCGCACCUUGCUACCCACUACCAUCCUCUCGCGUUCUCAACAAAUAAGUGGCACCAUGCCAGCAGCGUCCGUGGAGACCGCCAUACCCCAGGACGAGGAGGACAUACUUGACAGCUUCCAGCUAGCGUACGAGCGUCUGAAGGCGGAGGCAGACGAAUGUGGCGCUACCCAAGUCGAGAUGCUUCGACUCGCGGCCAAGCAACACGACAAAUUCGCGCGCAUGUGCGCCCUCGUCGAUAAUCUCCCCGUCAGUCGCGGCCCCUUCCUAGCGCAAGCCCAGCGGCGCAUCGCUCGCGCUGAGCAGCGCGCCAUCGGACUCGAGUCGGAGGUUACACGACUACAAGAACAGCUCCAAAACGCUCUUGACACCAUCACCCGUCUCGAAGGCGAGAAAGCCGAACUUCAAGGAGAAGUGGUGCUCGCGCACCAGCAGGCCGAUGAGAUGAAACGCGCAUUAGAAGCUCGAAUCGGCGAGGCUUUGAAGACGAUGAACAGCGCCAUCGAAGAGACUCGGGUUCGCGAAAGCGAGCGCGACGCGAAGGCUGCCGAGGCCUCCGCUCGUAUGGAGGCCCUGGAGCGCGAGCAUCUGCAGCUGAUCGAGGCCGGAACGCGCGGCGCAGUAGUCAAGAAGAAGCUCCAGGAACAAGUAGACAGGCUUCACAAGCAGCUGGCUGCGCAGAAGCAGGAAGCCGCUGUUGAGAGGAAGAAGCUCCAGGAGCAACUAGAAGAGCAGGCACGCGCCGCAGAGGAAGACCAGCAGCGCCGAGCCGCCGACCUAGUCGAAGAUAGGCGCAAAUUGGAGGCACAAAUCCAGACCGAAUUCGCCCAGCGGAUGCAAGCGGACGAUGCGGAGAUGCGACCAGGAGACCACGGAUCUGGCGAAGCUCCAUCCUCCUCGGGUGCCAUUGUCGGACCUGAGAUAGCGAACAUUGAGCACCCGACAACGGAGCAUACCACGCUUCUGCUUCUCACCAUUAUGGCGUUGUUCACCCUGAGAAUACGACAGCAGCCUCCUUGCCCACCCGUUCGUCGAUAUCGCCGACCUCCACCUCUCCGGAGACUCGUCCCCCGUACCCCCGCCCAGAUUCCAGCGUACGAUCGACUACCAGCGGCGAUGAGUGGGCCGUUGCUCGCUGUCCAAGCAGCAGAUGAAGAGGAGGUCAAGCCCAAGACCGAGCCUGUCGACGAAGUGCCCGACACUCUUCCAUCUGCAUCACAGUCCCGUGUUGUAGCUCCAGCAUAUCGACGAGAACAAUCCCUCGACUACGUUCCUCUGCUCCAGCACUUAUCUCGCUCUCAGCUCACUACAGUCCCAAUUACGUUAUCCGCCUCGGUAUCACCCAAAUCAGCGAAGGCCGAAGCAGAGUCUCCUGCCGUAUCCCCAGAGCUGGCCUAUCCUUCGAGAACGUCGUCUCGCGGGCCGACUCAAUCCUUGCGCGAACCUGCCACAGUUCCUCUCGUGCCAACCCUGCUCAAGAGCCAAUCGUCGGGCAACGCCGAGGACCAGUCACCCCGCCUCGAGAGCUUGCGCCUUCCGCACAAGGCGAAGGGUUUCGUGUCGAUCGCAUCCAGCAAGCUCCAGUUUCCGAUCCGCAGCCUCGCAUACCUCAGCCAAUCCCAACAACUGACUAUCGACCCGACUCCGUUCCCGUUCAACGACAAUCAUGGAGUCGUCUGGUCAAGCGAAGACCAUGUCCGUCAUAAGCGAACCCGAGACGAAGAGUCGUACAUACAACAACCGAACGUCCGUCGAAGGCUCACGCCACCUCCAUCCACACCGCUUCAGCACGGACAAAAGGCACAUCCCACCCCUCUGAGUCAACAGACUCCGCAUUUCUCUUCUCGCCCUGGCACGCAGGAGCAGCCCUUUCCGUCCAGAAGUCAUCCUGCAGACCAACAGUCGCGAUCCCAAGAUCUGCGCGAUCGCAUAGAGCCACCUCAAGCGCCUCUCCGCGGUUACGAUAGCUAUGUGCCUCAGCCUCGGGACGAUCGCCGGUCACCUCCACGAAGGACAUCGCCAACCUCCACCAACAUUCCUGUGAACGGGUACGCACCAGUGGGCGAGGCCACCACUGCACGUCAGCCCAACACUGAGUCUCGAUCCUUCUCUCAGACGGGGCCAUCCCUUCAGCAACGAAUUCAUGGCCACAACAAUGCGCUCUCGCCCACCGAGUCCGCUCCUGGUCCGAGCAACUUUGCGUCCGGGCCCAGGCCCACGAACCCCAAUGCAGGGGCGUCCCCUCCUCGCAGACAGGCUCAGCGACGCGCGUCCCCGCCAGCAAGGCUUCCCCCGCCCCCGACGCACGUCGCCCUUCCGCUAUUGAACCGCUUAACGGACGCUACAGUGCCUCCGCACCAGCAGGACACUGCUCUCAGAGGCGAGGCGAGGGGCAGGGGCGCUGGUCGAGGACGAGGGCGAGGGGGACAGCAGAGGGCCAGACCACUGGGGCAGCGUCUCGAGCCUGCGCAGGGCCGCACGCUUGCGGACAGGAUACGCAUGGACGACACAAGGUAA